AUGCCUUCAGUGACCACAUAUGCACUAGUUUCUUUGGCCUUUACCAUCACAUACUUUCUUACAUUACUAUCGAUAAAUUUGCCAAAUUGGUUACUAUUCGAUGCCAAACCUUGGUUCAGAAUCAAUUAUGGCCUAUUUAAGAGAUGUUCAGCGUUAACAACCGAAUGUCAUCCAUUUCCGUCCCGCGACAAUGGCGACUGUGAUGAAAAAUAUUUUUGUGAACAGUGGGAAGCUGCCGGAUUCGCUAUGCUUUUUGCGACGUUUAUUGGUGGUAUAACAUGGUGUUUUUUGGUAGUCGCGUUAAUAGGUGGAAGAAAUCGUCGUGAGAACUUGUGGGUUUCUCUGUCCAUGUUGAUGAUAUUUCAUGCUGCAUUGAGUGUUCUGAUUGGAAUAGUUCUAUUAUUGAAUGGGCUUUUGGCUCCUCCGGAUUAUGAACCACUCGAAGAACGACGACGCCAAUACCUCCCAUGUUUCGUUGAUAUUACAAUAAUCAAGGCCUUGGAAACUUUAGGAAUUGAAACCUGUCCCAAUAAUACCGACCAUCGGCCAGAAUUAUCAAGAAUGUUGUUAAUGCCAGGCGAG